GCCCUACCGUGGCGGACAGACGUCUUGCGAGGGUGCUUGUGUGGGGUACACGGGGCUACUGCUAUCCUGGGGCCGGGUCACUGGAAGUGGCUCCAAGAAGUCGGAGGUGGGAGGUCGGAGAGGCCACGCUCAAGCCUCGUAAUACCCAAAUCCGCUUAUGUUCCACAUUUCUUUUAAUAGCGAGGAGCGAAUUUAAUGGCGCUCGCCCCCAUCUGCCCCGGGACUCAGAAAUCUCAGGGAGCCCCACGAACGGUGUCACCAAAUACCGAGGGCAGAGUGGCAGAAUCUGUUUCUGCCUCUUCGGCGCUAAUUCUACGUGCACCGGAACGGUUUUCUGCACUGGACGGAAGUGUGGCUAAGUUAGUUUGCAACGAGAGUGGCGCUGUGACCUCCGUGGGCGGAGCCAGGAUUGCGCUGAACGGGUCCCUAGCACCGGAAGUGUGUCUUUGUAGACCGUCGCUUGGAGGCGGAACAGGAAGUGUCCUCUGGCGGAAGUUUCGCGGGGAAUCUUUUGCACCUGGGACACUUCCUGUUUCUCAGUAACAAUAGGAAGUGUCCGCGGACCUGGGGGUAGACUACUGGCUUGUACGAGCUGUGCCCUUUUCCCUCCACCUUUUCCUUCCUCUCCCUUCUUUCCCUCUCCUUUCACCUUCUGGGAACCCCGGUUGAGUGUUCGUGUGUGGGAGCGCGAUAGCCCCGGACAACCACCCCUUGGGGCGCGCGCCUGCAGUUAGGGUAAGGGUCCCAGUGCGCAGGCGCGCCCCCGUUCGCGGUCCCCAACGGACGCGCCCGCGGCGGGAACGAGAAGGGGCCGCCGGUGCGAGGUAGGGGUCCUAAGGGGAAACCGGCAGAGGAGAUGAGUGACGCGAGAGGACCUAGUUGGUGGUUGCCUAGGGGAGGAGACUAGAACGAAGGGGCUUUGUGAGGCCUUGACUCCUCAAGCAGAGGAAAAUGCUGCUGCCACCUGUCUGCUCCUCCUGAACCUUCUGGUUUUCACUCGGUUACCCCAUGGAGGACACGCCCCUCUCAUUCAGUUGCUCUGACUGUCAGCGCCACUUCCCUAGUCUCCCGGAACUGUCACGGCACCGAGAACUGCUCCAUCCAGCUCCCGGCCAGGACAGUGAGGAGGCUGACAACAUCCCCCGGCCCUACCGCUGUCAGCAGUGUGGGAGGGGCUACCGCCAUCCCGGGAGCCUGGUCAACCACCGCCGGACCCAUGAAACUGGCCUGUUCCCCUGUCCCACCUGUGGCAAGGACUUCACCAACCCCAUGGCCCUCAAGAGCCACAUGAGGACUCAUGUUCCCGAGGGCCGCCGCAGGCGCAGGCCCCCCCGCCCCAGGGAAGCCGCUCCCCACCUCCAGCGCGAGGCAGUGUCUGCUGAUUCCUGGGGCCAGGGGCUUGGCCCUGGGGAAGGCUGGGGAGACCAGACCAAACACACUGAAGAGGCAGCUGACUCUGAGUCUGGACCCGACCCCAGGGCGCCUGCAGGCACUUGGGAAGAUGCACCCGCCAGACAAAAAGAAAGCUGGGACAGCCAGCCAGAUCUUGAGGAGGGCACAGAGGGCUGGGGACCGACCACCAACUCCGCCCAAGCCCCACCUCUCCCCACCCCAGCCAGCAGCCUCCUUAGCAACUUGGAACAGUAUUUGGCUGAGUCAGUAGUGAACUUCACAGAGGGCCAGCUGCCUCCCCAGUCCCCUCCUGCUGAGGAGGAGCGGCGCUACAAGUGUGGUCAGUGUGGCAAGACCUACAAGCAUGCUGGGAGCCUCACCAACCACCGCCAGAGCCAUACCCUGGGCGUCUACCCUUGUAGCAUCUGCUUUAAGGAGUUCUCUAACCUCAUGGCUAUGAAGAACCACUCCCGACUCCAUGCCCAGUAUCGGCCUUACCACUGUCCUCACUGUCCUCGUGCCUUCCGGCUCCCCCAGGAGCUGCUGGAGCAUCAGCAGUCCCAUGAGGGUGAAAGGCAGGAGCAGCCAUGGGAGGAGAAAGGGGUGCCCACCACAAACGGGCACACGGGUGAGACCAGCCGGGCCCGGCUCCCUAGUACUCAGAUGCUGAAUGGCUCCAGGGAGCUCAGCACAUCUGGGGAGCUGGACGAGAGUGGCCUGGAGGAGUACCGGCCUUUCCGCUGUGGAGACUGUGGCCGGACUUACCGUCAUGCUGGGAGCCUCAUCAACCAUCGCAAGAGCCACCAAACAGGGGUCUACCCUUGCUCAGUCUGUUCCAAGCAGCUGUUCAAUGCUGCUGCCCUCAAAAACCACGUGCGUGCCCAUCACAGGCCCCGACAAGGAACAGGGGAAGAUGGGCAGCUGUCAGUGCCGCCAGCUCCCCUGCUAGGAGCUGAGAGCACCCACAGAGAGGAAGAGGUCCCACCCCCCACCCUGGAUCAUCGGCCCUAUAAGUGCAAUGAGUGCGGCCGGGCUUACCGGCACCGGGGGAGCCUGGUGAAUCACCGGCACAGCCAUCGGACAGGGGAGUACCAGUGUUCGCUCUGUCCCCGCAAAUACCCCAACCUCAUGGCCCUGCGCAACCACGUGCGUGUACAUUGCAAGGCUGCUCGACGAAGUGCAGACCCAAGGACUGAGAGUCCCCCCAGCCACCUUAAGGUGGAACCCCCUCCUCACCCUGUGGGAGCAGAUCAGGGGCAGGUGUGCACACCUGAGGAGGCGGCCUCUGGCCCCCUCCCAGCAGCAGAUAGGACGGCAGCCCAGAUGUGCAACAUCUGCGGGAUGCUCUUCAAAGACCCUAAGAGCCUGGAACAUCACGUCCUGACCCACGGCCCCGGGGGAGGAGAGAACAGCAGGGCAGAGACCACAGCGUCACCACCUCGGACGUUCGCCUGCCGAGACUGUGGAAAGAGCUACCGCCACUCAGGCAGCCUUAUUAACCACCGGCAGACCCACCAGACUGGGGACUUCAGUUGUGAGGCCUGUGCCAAGCACUUCCACACCAUGGCCGCCAUGAAGAACCAUUUGCGACGCCACAGUCGGCGGCGGAGCAGGCGACAUCGGAAGCAGGCAGGCAGUGCUGGUAGAGAAGAUGCCAAACUCCUGUCGGGGGAGAACUGGGCCCAGGAGUUGGCAGACGAUGAGGGCCUGCACGCUGCCCAAGAGCCUUCGGGAGAGAGCCUUGCUGGGGCCGGAAGCAACUUGGAAAGUGAAGGGGAGCGUCUGCAGGAUGAACCUGCAGGGAAAAGUGGGCUGGAAAGGGGUGAGCCCUGUUCACAGGGUGACACACAGAGCCGAGGCCCCGAGGGAGGACUGGAAGGGAGGGAGGCCCAUCACCUCAACAACUUGGCCAUCCCAGGCAGUGGGCAAUGCAACGAGACUCGCUUCUGUGAUGGCCUCAGCACGGCAGAUGGAGAUAAAGCGACCACUGGCCAGCCUGCGCCCUCUUCCCACUGUGCUGAGGCUGCCGCUGGCUGGCAGGCUGAGGUCCCUCACACAUGCUCCGACUGUGGGCAUUCUUUCCCCCAUGCCACUGGCCUGCUGGACCACAGGCCCUGUCACCCACCAGGCAUCUAUCAGUGCUCCCUCUGCCCAAAGGAGUUUGACUCUCUGCCGGCCCUGCGCAGCCACUUCCAGAGCCACGGGCCCGGGGAGGUGGCCUCUGCACAGCCUUUCCUCUGCUGCCUCUGUGGCAUGAUCUUCCCUGGGCGGGCCGGCUACAGGCUUCACCGGCGCCAAGCCCACAACUCCUCCGGCACGACUGAGGGCUCAGAGGAAGAGGAGGGGGAGGAGGAAGGAGCCGCAGAAGCAGCCUCUACCCAUAGUCCUCCGCUGCAGGUCUCGGAGGCAGAGCUGCUGAAUCAGCUGCAGCGCGAGGUGGAGGCGCUGGAUGGAGCAGGCUACGGGCACAUCUGUGGCUGCUGCGGUCAGACCUACGAUGACCUGGGGAGCCUGGAGCGCCACCACCAGAGUCAGAGUUCUCAGAAUACCGUGGAGAAGGUGCCCAGCCCCUUGAGAGCAGCCGGUGAUCCUAUGGAGAUGGUUACAGACCUUGUCUUUGAGGGCACGGAGACCUCUGUCUCUGGAGAGGGUGGAGACGCGAAGUCUGAGGAGGGAGUAGUUGGCACAGCUGCAGACAGCUCUGCUGGCGCGCAGGGCGGGGAAAGUCUGCCCGAGGCCCAGCCUCGCCCCUUCCGCUGCAACCAGUGCGGCAAAACCUAUCGCCAUGGGGGCAGCCUGGUGAACCACCGCAAGAUUCACCAGACUGGAGACUUCAGCUGCCCCGUCUGCUCCCGCUGCUACCCCAACCUGGCCGCCUACCGGAAUCACCUGCGGAACCACCCCCGCUGCAAAGGCUCUGAGCCCCAGGUGCGGCCUGUCCUGGAGGCAGGGGUCAGCACAGAGCCCCAGGUCACGGCAGAGGAGGGGGCGGAGCAGGCGGAAGCCCGGAAGCUCCAGGAGGAGCUUAAGGCGGAGCCCCUGGCAGAGGCGGCGCAGGUGAAGGAAGAGGUGUGGGAGGAGACGACGGUGAAGGAGGAGGUGGAGCCAAGGCUGGAGACGGCUGAGAAAGGCUGUCAGACUGAGGCCAGCUCUGAGCGGCCCUUCAGCUGUGAGGUGUGCGGCCGCUCCUACAAGCACGCCGGCAGCCUCAUCAAUCACCGGCAGAGCCACCAGACGGGCCACUUCGGCUGUCAGGCCUGUUCCAAGGGCUUCUCCAACCUCAUGUCCCUCAAGAACCACAGGCGCAUCCACGCCGACCCCCGGCGCUUCCGCUGCAGUGAAUGUGGGAAGGCCUUCCGCCUGCGGAAACAGCUGGCCAGCCACCAGCGGGUGCACGCCGAGCGGCGAGGCGGCGGGGGCGCCCGGAAGCUGGCUCGGGAAGAUCGGCCCUUCCGGUGUGGGCAGUGUGGCCGGACCUACCGCCACGCCGGCAGCCUCCUGAACCAUCGGCGCAGCCACGAGACGGGCCAGUACAGCUGCCCUGCCUGCCCCAAAACCUACUCCAACCGCAUGGCUCUGAAGGACCAUCAGAGGCUGCACUCCGAGAGUCGCCGGCGGCGGGCCGGUCGGGCCCGGCGGGCAGCUGUGCGCUGUGCCCUCUGUGGCCACGGCUUCCCUGGCCGGGGAUCUCUGGAGCGGCACCUGCGGGAGCACGAGCAGGAGACCGAGGGAGAGCUGCCCCCUGGCCCAGGAGGUCCGGAUGGCUCCGCUGGCAGUGAGGGGAACCUGGCUGACAACCAGGGUCCGCAGGACAGAUCGGGUGGGACUGAGUCGGGGCCGCGGCUGGAGGAGGUUGGAGCCUCAAGGCCAGGGGAGCUCAGUCAGAGCGCCAUUCAGGCAGCGGGUCCAGAAGCCACAGAGCCACCGUCAUGGGGCUCGAGGAAGGCAGAUGGAUGGCGAGGAGCCGGGGGCCUGGCGAAUCACCAGGGAUGUUGGGCUCCUCCGGAUCAGGUGCCAACCACGGCAGAAGACAAGUCAGAGGACGGUGUUCCCAGGAGUCCUUGCCAUCUCGGUAAUGGCCAGACCAAUGGACCCAGUCUGAAUCACACAGAUGGCUGGGAGAAUGGAGAUGGCAGCUCCCAGCGCCAGCCAGAGAGUCCUCCUUCCUGCAGCCGGUGCAGCAAAGCCUACAGCCAGCCCGAAGGCCUUUUGAACCACAGCCGCUAUUGCCUGCAUUGCUGCAGGGAGUCCUUGAGUCCUGUGGCCACUAACCACCUGGCUGCCCAGACCUUUGCCUGCCCUGACUGUGACAAGGUCUUUCAGUUCCAUCAUGACCUGGCCAGCCACCUACAGACCCAUGCCCAGGACCAGAGUCAGGUGCCAACCCAGAUGGAGGAGGCGGCUGGGACGGGACAGGGGGAGCUGGGGCUCCCUGAGCAAGGGGAGGCUCAGGAGGCCGCAGCAGAACCCUCCAAGGAGAAUGCGGAGCGGGCUGGUGGGACGCAGAGAAUGCAGCCCACGGCGCCUGAAGACAGGGAGCGGCCCUUCCGCUGCGUGCAGUGUGGGCGCUCCUACCGCCAUGCGGGCAGCCUGCUGAACCACCAGAAAGCCCACACCACUGGGCUGUACCCCUGCUCCCUCUGCCCCAAGCUUCUGCCCAACCUGCUGUCUCUCAAGAACCACGGCAGGACCCACACGGACCCCAAGCGCCAUCGCUGCAGCAUCUGUGGCAAGGCCUUCCGGACAGCUGCCCGGCUGGAGGGCCACGGGCGCGUCCACGCGCCUCGAGAGGGGCCUUUCACCUGCCCCCGUUGUCCCCGACACUUCCGCCGCCGAGUCCGCUUCCUGCAGCACCAGCAGCAGCACCAGGAGGAGUGGCCAGUGGCCAGCUCCGGAGCCCCAGUGGCAUCAGCGGCAGGCAGAGGGGACUUGUCAUUGCCCCCCGCAUCCACCCCCACGACCCCGCUCCUGGACCCUUCACCCCAGUGGCCUGCAGACCUCAGCUUCUCCCUGUGAACAGCAAG